AUGGCGGCCACGGAGAAGCGGACAGAGCCUAUGGCGGUGGACAUUCCGGCGUUUGCGGCCGCGCAGCUGGACCUGCUAACGGCCGAGCUGCAGAGCGAGAUGGCAGAGACGGCGACGGCCAUUGGCAGCCACACGCCAGCAGCACUACAGCGGGCAGGUCUGGCGUUGACGAACCUAGUCGUGGACGGACGGCGGACAGGCAUGGGCGGGCGAACUGUGCUGACGCUGGUGCGUGACGGAGCGCUGAGCGUGGCUAAGAACAGUGAAGACGGCAGCGAGCUGCCGGAACACGGCCUCCGGACCGGCGACAUUGUAUUGGUGGCCGAGCAGCCAGGCGGCAGCGCGAAGAAGCGGGAGAUGCGGGAGCUGGAGCAGCGAGGGUCACGAGGCGUGAUCACGCGGGUGCGGCGGACAGGACUGGACGUGGGGCUCGACCAGGGCGACAGCGACAGCAGCAGAGAAGAAGCCGUGGACGUGCUGCUGGCCGGUCGCGUCUGGCUGGUCAAGCUGGCGGACGACGUGACCUUCCGGCGCAUGUCAGCGGCGAUGCAGACGCUGCAGACGAUGCCAUCUAGCGAGUACACGAGCCUGAUGCGGGUGCUCUUUGGGCAGGCAUCGCCGUCGCCGGCGGCACGCGAGAACGAGGAGGACGCGAUUCGCUGGAUUGACGGCUCGCUGGACGCAUCGCAGCGGGCGGCCGUGCGGUUUGCGUUGGCAGCGCCCGAGGUAGCCCUGAUCCACGGGCCGCCUGGCACCGGCAAGACGCACGCGCUGGUGGAGCUGGUCCUGCAGCUGGUCGGUCGCGGCCAGCGCGUGCUGGUGUGCGGGCCGUCCAACAUUGCGGUUGACAACCUGGUCGAACGGCUGGGACCACACGGCGUUCCUAUGGUGCGACUGGGCCAUCCGGCACGCCUGCUGCCGUCUGUGGCCGGCUAUGCGCUCGACGUGCUGACCCAGACGUCCGAGGCCGGCGCCAUCGUGCGCGACGUGCGUGCCGACAUGGACAGACAGCAGGACGAGCUGCGGCAACUGCAGAAAGGCCAGAAGCUGUCGGCCGCCGCUCGACGUGCGGCCCGUCGCUCUGUCUACGGCGAGCUGCGGGCGCUUCGCCGCGAAUACCGCGACCGCGAGCGGCGCUGCGUCCACGACCUCGUCGCCGGCAGCCGCGUCGUGCUGGCAACGCUGCAUGGCGCCGGUGGCAGCCAGCUGCGGGUGGCGGCCGGCGACCAGGCCAGCCGCAACUUUGACGUGGUCGUCAUCGAUGAGGUCGGCCAGGCACUCGAGGCACAGUGCUGGGUGGCGCUGCUGGGCGCCCGCAAGGUGGUGUGUGCGGGAGAUCACCUGCAGCUGCCGCCGACGGUGAAGUCGAGGGGCAGUGGAGGGGGAGGGGGAAAAAAGAAGGGAGGAAAGGGAAAGGGAGGGAGUGGAAAAGGAGAGAAGGGAAAGAGCGAAAAGGAAGAUGGGAAAGAAGCCGAAAACGAAGCACACACCACUCUCUCCCUCGAAUACACCCUCUUCGACCGCCUUCUCGCUCUACACGGCGACUCGAUCAAGCGCAUGCUGACGACACAGUACCGCAUGCACGAGCGCAUCAUGCGCUUCCCGUCCGACACGCUCUACGGUGGCCACCUGGUGGCGGCCGAGGCUGUGGCCGGCCGUCUGCUGCGAGAUCUGCGCUACGGCGACGCAGACGACGGCUGUCCGGUAGCAGACACGGAUGACACGCGCGAGCCGCUCGUCUUUAUCGACACGCAAGGCGGCGACUUUGCCGAGGGGGACCAGACGAGCGAGCAGACAUCCCGAGGGAAACUCACCGACAGCAAACACAACACCUUGGAAGCUGCCCUCGUGCGGCAGCACGUCCGCGCGCUCGUCGCCGCCGGCGUCCGGCCCCAGGACAUUGCUGUCGUCACGCCCUACAGCGCCCAGGUGGCCCUGCUGGCGCCGCUCAAGACCGCCUUGGCCGGGCUCGAGGUCGGCACCGUCGACGGCUUCCAGGGCCGCGAGAAGGAGGCCGUCGUGCUCAGCCUGGUGCGCAGCAACUUGACCGCCGACGUCGGCUUCCUGGCCGAUCGCCGCCGCCUCAACGUGGCCAUGACACGGCCAAAACGGUCGCUCACCGUCAUCGGCGACUCUGAGACUUGGAUGGCCUUUCUCGAAGAGCAUGCCGAUCUGCGCUAUCCAGACUCGUCCGAGGCCGCAGCCGAGCCUUGA